AAAACAUUCCAACCUCCGUUUUCGAUCUGGAUGUCACUGCUCGACACAACGACGUGCAUGCAAAAGGAAAAGUCAUCUCUUUCCCUCCCCUCCUCCCCCCACAAUUUCCCUGCGAAAAGGAAAAUACUUUCUUUCCCAACAAACGCCACUCCUCCCGUCGUCCACCCAUACACACAUUUCCUUCUCUCUCUCUCACCUCUGCCAUUUCUUCUCGCUCUAAAGAUAAAAAAGGACACACACACAGAAAGAGAGAGAGAGAAGGGUAAGCCAGCUCAUAUGAAGACGUAUUGAGUGAGAUACUAAAGAGAGAGUGAGAGAGAGAGAGAUGCACGCAUACAACAGGCAACCGAGCAGCGGUCACAGCACGCCGUCCCCGCCCUCAUCGCCGCUCCGGUCACCCCGGUACCGCCGGUCGAAGGCGGGGAGGUUUGGCCCGGCACAGCUUCAGCCGGGUCGGACCCUCGCCCAGCGCCUCGCCUGGCUGUUCCUCUCAGUCCUCCUCCGGCGCCAGGGCAUCUUCCUCUUUGCUCCUCUCAUCUACAUCUCUGGCAUGCUCCUCUAUAUGGGCUCUGUCUCCUUCGACGUCGUUCCCAUUAUCUCCCAUCGUCCCUCUCCCGGCUCCAUUUACCGGAGUCCCAAGAUUUAUGCCAAGCUCCGACCCGAAAUGAACUCCGAAAAUGCCUCCGCCGAUGCGAUAUCAACUAUAUGGAAACACUCUUAUAAAGGUGGCAAGUGGAGAACUUGUACUAACAGGUCUUCAGGAGGUUUGCUGGAUACGAAUGGUUACAUAUACAUUGAGGCAAAUGGUGGCCUGAAUCAGCAAAGGACAUCGAUAUGCAACGCAGUUGCUGUGGCAGGAUACCUUAAUGCAACCCUUGUAAUCCCCAAUUUUCAUUUUCAUAGCAUUUGGAGAGAUCCUAGGUUUUACUUGUACAGCAAAUUCAAAGACAUUUACGAUGAAGAUUAUUUCAUCAGUACCUUGGAAAAUGAUGUUCGAGUGGUUAACAAGGUUCCUGCGUACAUAAUGGAACGAUUUGACCAGAAUAUGAACAAUGUUUACAACUUCAGAAUAAAAGCAUGGUCACCCAUUCAGUAUUAUAGGGAUGCAGUGCUCCCAAGGCUCCUUGAAGAAAAGUUUAUAAGGAUAUCUCCUUUUGCAAAUCGAUUGUCAUUCGAUGCUCCUCCAGCUGUCCAAAGGCUUAGGUGCUUUGCAAACUAUGAAGCUUUGAGGUUUUCAAGUGCUAUAUUAACAUUGGGAGAAACUUUGGUUGCACGAAUGAAAGAUCGCAGUGCAAGUAAUGGUGGCAAAUACAUCUCUGUGCAUCUUCGCUUUGAGGAGGAUAUGGUUGCUUUCUCUUGUUGCAUAUAUGAUGGUGGAGAGGAAGAAAUUGCAGACAUGAAGGUAGCAAGGGAAAGAGGUUGGAAAGGGAAAUUUACAAAGCGUGGUCGAGUUAUACGUCCUGGAGCAAUUAGGAUCAAUGGCAAAUGUCCCCUUACUCCUUUAGAAGUAGGCUUGAUGCUUCGGGGAAUGGGCUUUAAUAGAAGCACUUAUAUUUAUUUGGCAUCUGGAAAGAUAUACAAUGCUGAAAGAAACAUGGCCCCGUUAUUGGAGAUGUUCCCUAAUUUGCAAACUAAAGAGAUUUUGGCAUCAAAUGCAGAACUUGCUCCAUUUAAGAAUUAUUCUUCCAGGAUGGCUGCCAUAGACUACACUGUUUGUGUCCAUAGUGAGGUUUUUGUGACAACUCAAGGCGGAAACUUCCCCCAUUUUCUGAUGGGCCACCGGAGAUACUUGUACGGAGGACACUCAAAGACAAUCAAGCCCGACAAGCGAAAGUUAGCACUACUCCUUGAUAAUCCGAAUAUAGGAUGGAGAAGUUUCAAGCGUCAGAUGCUGAACAUGCGAUCUCAUAGCGAUUCCAAGGGAUACGAACUUAAAAGGCCAAAUGACUCAAUUUAUAUGUUUCCAUGCCCAGAUUGCAUGUGCCGUUCUAACAAAUCAGAAGUUUCAAGAUCAUCAUCAGCUACCCGAUCUGCUUGGAUAAAGAGCUAUUAUUAUGGGUGUUUCUCCUACCCAACUUUCUGAGCACAUGUUGCUGCUGACCCCCUUUUUUCCGUGUUGUAAUUCUUUCAUUCUUUUCCCCUUUCCACGCGGUGAGAGGGUACACUUCAAUUUUGGGAGAUUCAAACAUUUUGUUGGACGCUACAUUGACCUGAUUAUUUCCGGGAUUGGCCUUUUGAACUUGCAUCUUUUUUUAUAUGAUGCGCGUGGAGAACAUAGAACGCACAUUCUUCAGGAGUUGUCCCGUCGCAGGAGUUCCCGGGCAACCUAGACACAGCAUUGUUUGCUUCAUAUGUUAAGUUGCAGCUGCCGUGCAUGCUGUGACAUGACGUUCACAUCCAUACACGCACUGGUUUUGCCAAGCUUGUACAUUAUUUGGAGUUUGAUCAGCAUAUUCAAGACUGUAGACUUACGUUGAACUUCCUGUACAUUUCUUAAAAAUCAGGAUACAGAUUCUUUUUGUUCCAAAAGUUGUAGCUCUUCAUUUCUCAUUUUUGGCCCCGGUUUUUUUGAAGAUGCCUUAUAAUAGAAACUUUAUGCCUUUACACUUUCUUCA